AGGGACAGGCCGAAUUAAUAAGCGCCCCGGACUGUGGUGAGAGAGCAGGCUGGGUGUCACUGGGGCAGUACAGAGACCCCCCAACGGGAGUGACAGGCUGGGCCAGGGCUGAUUCAGUGGGAGGAGGGACAGGCGGACCCGGGGGAGGGCAGCACAGGCGGAGGGGAGGAGGGAGCUGGAGCCGGCCGGGCGUGAACCGUACGCUGAGUAGAUCCCCAAACUUCCCGGCCCAGGAGGAAUCUGAUGUGUGGGGAGAGGCACCGGGAGAUAGUGGGUACGAGAAGAGCGCUCUUGCCCCCCUCUGUGUGAGGGGGGUUCCCGGAGAGUGGAAUCUCCCGAUAUCUCAGGCAGGACAAGAUGGGUGCCACUAAAAGCAAGCCGCGAGAAGGUGGCCCCCGGAGCCGCAGCCUGGACAUUGCUGAGGGGUCCCACCAGCCUUUUACCUCCCUUUCUGCCUCUCAGACCCCCAGCAAGAGCCUGGAUUCCCACCGGCAACCUGCACAGCCAUUUGGGGGCAACUGUGACCUGACGCCUUUUGGAGGGGUGAAUUUCUCUGAUACCAUCACUUCCCCCCAGCGGAUAGGACCGCUAGCAGGGGGCGUCACCACCUUUGUCGCUUUGUACGACUAUGAAUCUCGCACCGAGACAGACUUGUCCUUUAAGAAGGGGGAGAGACUACAGAUCGUCAAUAACACGAGACCUGACAUGAGGGAAGGCGACUGGUGGUUGGCACGUUCCCUGAGCUCUGGGCAGACUGGCUACAUUCCAAGCAACUACGUAGCUCCUUCGGACUCCAUUCAAGCUGAAGAGUGGUAUUUGGGGAAGAUAACGCGCCGAGAAGCAGAGCGUCUGCUUCUGAGCCUUGAGAACCCUCGAGGGACUUUCCUGGUGAGAGAGAGUGAAACUACCAAAGGUGCAUACUGCUUGUCUGUCUCUGACUAUGAUGCCAAUCGUGGCCUCAAUGUGAAGCAUUACAAGAUCCGCAAGUUAGACAGUGGAGGAUUUUACAUCACGUCUCGCACUCAGUUCAGCAGCCUGCAGCAACUUGUGGCCUACUAUAGCAAGCACGCAGAUGGCCUGUGUCACCGCCUGACCACUGUUUGUCCCACUGCCAAGCCCCAAACUCAGGGCCUGUCCAAAGAUGCCUGGGAAAUACCGCGCGACUCUCUGCGCUUGGAGCUCAAGCUGGGACAGGGUUGCUUCGGAGAAGUGUGGAUGGGUGUCUCUGUAGGCACUUGGAACGGAACCACACGAGUUGCCAUCAAGACUCUGAAGCCUGGCACAAUGUCACCGGAAGCCUUUCUGCAGGAAGCACAGGUCAUGAAGAAACUUAGGCAUGAGAAGCUGGUACAGCUUUAUGCUGUGGUGUCUGAGGAACCCAUCUACAUAGUAACCGAGUAUAUGAGCAAAGGCAGUCUACUGGAUUUCCUAAAGGGUGAAAUGGGGCGGUAUCUACGGCUUCCCCAACUUGUGGAUAUGGCUGCCCAGAUUGCUUCCGGCAUGGCGUAUGUGGAACGCAUGAAUUACGUACAUCGGGAUCUCAGAGCAGCCAACAUCUUGGUAGGAGAGAACUUGGUGUGCAAGGUGGCUGAUUUUGGCUUGGCACGACUGAUUGAAGACAAUGAAUAUACAGCACGUCAAGGUGCCAAGUUCCCUAUUAAGUGGACUGCCCCUGAGGCUGCCCUGUAUGGUAGAUUCACCAUUAAAUCCGACGUCUGGUCUUUUGGAAUUCUCCUGACUGAGCUUACCACCAAGGGCAGGGUCCCUUACCCAGGCAUGGUUAACCGAGAGGUGUUGGACCAAGUGGAGCGAGGAUACCGCAUGCCUUGUCCCCCGGACUGCCCAGAAUCCCUCCACGACCUGAUGUGCCAGUGCUGGAGGAAGGAUCCUGAGGAGAGGCCAACCUUUGAAUACCUGCAGGCGUUCCUGGAGGACUACUUUACUGCAACGGAACCGCAGUACCAACCUGGGGACAACCUUUAGGCUUUGGAUCAGAAUCAUCAAGAGACGGUUGUAGGACUCCUAGGAACAGACUCAGAUUUUCAUGGCCUUCCCUUAAAGGGACGGUAACAACGGUUGCUACCACCGAGGGAACGCACAAGUGUGUAGUUAUAAUACUUCCAACCAACCAACCAACCAAGUAGAAUCUGGAUUUUUGUGCGAGUUCCAUGGAUGGAGACGUCUGUGCCAGCACAUCUCUUGCCCAAUGAGCCAAUUUUUCAGCGGCAACAAUCCCUUUUGAUCACCAGACGGUGAAAGGCGAGAGUGUAUUCUUUUUUUAUAGUGCAAACUUUUUCAUGGUUUCCCACUUCCCGAGGCCCUAUGGACUCAAGAUUUGGAGGUCCACUUUACCCUUUUGUUUGCCGUUGACCCUUAAUGUGCAUGAAAAGGGUUGGAUGGAGAUUCUGCUCUAGAACAUACAACAGCUGCCAUCUUUUCUACAAUAAAUAAUAAGGGACUGGGGGGGUUCCAGAGUAUUAUAAGACUAUAAACCUGAGGGCAGAGGCCUCACUACUGUCUUCCAUCUCCUUGCCACGUGGGCUUAGGGCAGAGGGGUACUGCCUUUGUGUUAAAGGAACAGUAACACCAAAAAUUGUUUUAAAGUAAUAAAAAUAUAAUGUACUGUUGCCCUACACUGGUAAAACUGGUGUGUUUGCUACAGAAGCGCUUAUAUAUAGUUAUAUAUAGUUUAUAUAUAUAUAUAUAUAUAUAUAUAUAUAUAUAUAUAU